AUGGGCACCAGGUUCGCACCAAGUUACGCAAAUCUUUUUAUGGCGAAUUGGGAGGAUGAAUAUAUUCAGCCAAUACUGGGUGCGGAUCUGGUGCUCUGGAAGCGGUACAUAGAUGACGUGAUUUUUAUCUGGAGAGGCACGGAUUUGGCGUUGGGUUCCUUCCUGUCUAACAUCAAUCUAAAUGAUCAGAACCUUCAGUUUACAGCUAACCUAAGUAAAACAGGCAUUGAAUUUCUAGAUCUAAAGAUUGAUGUUGAUAGGGACAAACUCAGCUGCAGUACCUAUUAUAAACCUACAGCUAGGAACAAUUUUAUUUUACAUUCAAGCUGCCACCUUCCCAGGUGGCUGCUGAAUGUACCAACAAGCCAAUUCAGACGCCUCAAGAGGAAUUGUACGAAGAACGAGACAUUUGAGAAUGAGGCCGAAAUACUGAGGCAGCAGUUCGUUGAAAAAGAUUACCCUAAUGACUGCAUCGAAAAAGCCUUGAAUAAACUCAAUCAAUAUAUAAGAAGAGUUCGCUUUACAACUUCUACUGGAGAUUCCAUUCACCUUGAUGAGAAAGGAAACUUUCCGGCAAGAUUUGAUCUGGUGAAUUAUGAUGUAUAUGCUAACAGUACUGUGGAGAGACAAACAGUGGGACAUUUCCAUGAAGACAAUGGUCACUAUCAGUUUCCUAUAAAUGACAGUUUCAUCUUUUGGGAUAAAAGAUUUCCCCAGAUACCGCGCUCCGCUUGUAGUGAGAGUUGUCUCCCCGGAUACAGAAAGGUCCCACUGGAAGGAAAACAGAAAUGCUGCUACUAUUGCGUCUCCUGUGCAGAAGGCGAGGUCUCCCACCAGACUGAUAUGGAAGGAUGCUUGAGGUGUCCUGAAGACCAGUGGUCUAAUGAGAGAAGAGACACCUGUAUCCCGCGAUUACUUGACUUCCUCUCAUAUGAAGAUACAUUGGGAUUAUCUCUCAUUAUUAUCAAUCUCUUCUUCUGUUCUGUGACGGUCGUUGUGUUGGGGAUAUUUAUAAAGCACAAGAACACUUUAAUUGUGAAAGCCAAUAACCAGAACCUGAGCUAUAUCCUGCUCCUGUCUCUGCUCUUCUCAUUCCUAUGUCCUCUCUUAUUCAUUGGACGUCCCACAAGGAUGUCAUGUCUGCUCCGACAAGUAGCUUUUGGAAACAUUUUCAGUCUUGCAGUUUCUUCCAUUUUAGCUAAAACAGUCACUGUAGUCUUGGCUUUUCGUGCCAUCCAACCAGGCAGGACACUGAGGCAGUGGUUGGGGAGACGUCUGGCCACAUCAUUACUCAUUACUGGUACAAUAGGAGAGGUUGUGAUCUGUGUCUUCUGGUUGUCUUUCUCUCCACCAUUCCCAGAUUAUAACACUGAGAUAGAGGUUGGAAAGAUAAUAUUACAGUGUAAUGAGGGAUCUGCCAUUGCUUUCUACUUGGUCAUCGGCUACAUUGGAUUUCUGGCCAUGUUGAGCUUUAUUGUAGCCUUCUUGGCCAGGAAACUUCCAGACACCUUCAAUGAGGCUCAGUACAUCACCUUCAGCAUGCUGGUGUUCUGCAGUGUGUGGAUCUCCUUCAUCCCAGCCUAUCUCAGCACCAAGGGGAAGGACAUGGUGGCUGUGGAAAUUUUUGCCAUCACAUCCUCCAGUGCUGGACUUCUGGGCUGUAUCUUCAUUCCCAAAUGUUACAUUAUUCUAAUGAGACCAGGAAACCAUGCAAGAAAAAAAAUCUUCCUUCCUUAUCAAUCAUAUUAUCCACCGGUUGAAACUCCAUCCCACGGUGAAUAUACACUCAUCUAA